AUGAGCGAGGAGGAAGAGCCCAGCCCCUCUCUGUGGGCUGAGGAAGAAGAAAAGCUGCCGAGCCUGACUGGCUCGGAGCGGGAGAUCUCGUGCGACAUCCAGUGCUGGUCGGAUAACGAGGAGUGGGGGCCGGACAGUCCAGCCGGCAGCGGGGGAGUGGGGGACGCCUGCUCCCAGCCGGACAGCAGCCCCGCAGCCUACGGGAGGAGCUACUGUCGUGACUCGCACGAGGACAGUGAGCUCGGGCUGCACGCCAGCUCAGGGGAAGACGGUGAGCUUGACUUCCAGCGUGGCUCGCAUGAAGAUGGCGGGUUCAGGUUGCACGCCGGCUCGCACGAGGACAGUGAGCUCAGGUUCCACGCCGGCUCAGAAGAAGACAUUGAGCUUGGGCUUCACGCUGGCUCGCACGAGGACAGUGAGCUCAGGUUACAUGCUGGCUCCGAAGAAGACAGUGAGCUUGGGCUUCACACUGGCUCGCACGAGGAUGGUGAGCGUGGGCUGCAUGGCGGCUCAGAUGAAGAUGGUGAGUUCGGGCUGCAUGCUGGCUCGCACGAGGAUAGUGAGCUUGGGUUGCACGCCGGCUCAGAUGAAGAUGAUGAGUUCAGGCUGCACGCUGGCUCGCACGAGGACAGUGAGCUUGGGUUGCACACCGGCUCAGAUGAAGACGUUGAGUUUAGGCUGCACGCUGGCGCGCACGAGGACGGUGAACUUGGGUUGCACGCCAGCUCAGACGAAGAUGACGAGUUCAGGCUGCACGCUGGCUCGCACGAGGACAGUGAGCUUGGGUUGCACGCCGGCUCAGACGAAGAUGGCGAGCUAAACUUCCAUCGUGGCUCAGACGAAGACGGCGAGCUGGGCUUGCACGCUGGCUCACACGAGGACGACGAGCUAAGCUUCCGUCGUGGCUCGCACGAGGACGGGGAACUCGGGUUGCACGCCAGCUCGGAAGCCCCCCCUGGCUUUGACCUCGCUGGCAAUCCGGGCCCAGCCUCUGCAGCAUGGCCCCCUCCGGGCCCGCCGUCCUCCCGCCCCACCCCGCCGGCGCGCCCCUUCCAGUGCUCGGACUGCGGCAAAUCCUUCGGCUCCAACUCCACCCUGGCCCAGCACCGCCGCAUCCACACGGGCGAGCGGCCCUACAAGUGCGGGGAGUGUGGGCGGGCGUUCAGCCGGGGCUCCACCUUCCUCCAGCACCAGCGCACCCACACGGGCGAGCGGCCCUACAAGUGCCCGGACUGCGGCAAGGCCUUCAGCCGCAGCUCCAACCUGCUGCAGCACCGGCGGGUUCACACCGGCGAGCGGCCCUACAAGUGCCCGGACUGCGGCAAAGCCUUCAGCCUCAGCUCCACCCUGCUCCAGCACCAGAUCAUCCACACCGGCGAGCGGCCCUACAAGUGCCCCGACUGCGGCAAGAGCUUCAACCGCAACUCCAACCUGCUCAACCACCGGCGCACCCACACUGGCGAGAAGCCCUUCCCCUGCGGCCUGUGCGGGAAGCGCUUCUCGGAGAGCUCCACCCGCACCCAGCACCAGCGCACCCACACCGGCGAGCGCCCUUUCCGCUGCACCGAGUGCGGCAAGGCCUUCAGCCUCAGCUCCACCCUGAUCCAGCACCAGACCACCCACAGCGGGGAGAGACCCUACCAGUGCCCCGACUGCGGCAAGACCUUCGGCCUCAGCUCCACGCUGCUGCGGCAUCGGCGGGCCCACACCGGCGAGAAGCCCUUCCGCUGCCAGGACUGCGGCAAGAGCUUCGGCGUCAGCUCCCACCUGGUGCAGCACCGGCGGGUGCACACCGGCGAGCGCCCCUUCCGCUGCCCGGAUUGCGGGCGCGGCUUCGGGCAGAAUUCCCACCUGGCCCAGCACCGCAAGGUGCACCGGGCCGGCGGGGAGGCCCGCCCGCCCGGCACCCUCUACAUCUGCGGCGACUGCGGGAAGAGCUUCCGGCAGAGCUCCCACCUAGCCCAGCACCGGCGCACCCACACCGGCGAGCGGCCCUUCCGGUGCGGGGAGUGCGGCCGGGGCUUCUCCCAGAGCUCCAAGCUGCUGGAGCACCGCCGGACCCACACCGGCGAGCGCCCCUACGCCUGCCCCGACUGCGGCCGGGCCUUCGGCCACAGCUCGGCGCUGGCCCAGCACCGCCGGACCCACACCGGCGAGCGGCCCUACGCCUGCGGGACUUGCGGGAAGAGCUUCAGCCAGAGCUCGGCGCUGGUCCAGCACCAGCGCAUCCACACCGGGGAGAAGCCCUACCGCUGCUCCCGCUGCGGCCUCUGCUUCCGCUACCUGCUGCAGUACACCCGCCACCAGAAGGUGCACGCCCGGGAGGAGCUGCUGGCGCAGGAGAGGGCCGGGGCGGUGCUGGGAUCCGGGGCGCCAGCGGCCUCCGCGCCUCUGGAGGUGGUGGUCGAGGAGGGGGUGGCGGUGGCGCUAGGCAUGGGAGUAUGA